UAUUACAUUUUAAUUUUUAUUAAUUUUUAUAUAAUUUUAUUUAUAUUAAAUAAUAUAUUUACAGUUUACCUAUUUACCUAACAUUUUACAUUAGUCAUUAGGCACUAGGUAGUUAAUUUUGGAAUGUGAUGAGUGAAAUAAUUACAUUUUUAUUUUUUGUUUAUUGAAACAUUGAACAUUUUUUUUAUAUUUAAUUAAAUUUAUUGUUUGCAUUUUAAUUAAACUUUCAUUACAAAAAUGGUGGUUAACAAUAGACAUAAAAAGAAUGUGUUGAAUAAUUUUAGAAUAAAUGAGGUUGAUUCAGAAGACGUAAGCUUGGAAAAUCUGAGUAUCAAUGAAAUACAAACAAAUAUUAUAAAGCAUUCUUGGCAGUAUACUGUUCAAUUAAAUCCAAUUACAUUCUAUGAAAAUAAUUCAGAUAUACAACCAAACAAUGAAACUCAAGUUUGGAAAGAAACUAAUUACUUAUCAUUGUAUAAAAGUGUGUUAUCUAUAUUAAACAAACUUACAUGGACAACAUUUGAUCAGUUAGUUGAAGAAUUUCAAAAAUUGCCUAUAGAAAAUGUAGAAUGUCUUGAAAGCAUUGCUAAUAUUGUUGCUCUUAAAGCUUUUGACGAACCUUCAUUUGGAUCUUUAUAUGCCUCUCUAUGCAGGGUUCUUGACAUAACCAUAAGUUGCCAGAAUGAAAAUGGUUUAACAAACCAGAUGACAUUUAAAAAAUGUAUAAUCACAGUUUGUCAGAAUUAUUUUGAAAAACAUUGUCUAGAAAACACAGAGACAAUAGUUACAUCUAUAGAACAUGAACAACAUCAAAGAAGACUUAAAAUUCAAACAAUUGGUUGUAUCAGAUUUAUUGGUGAAAUUUACAAACAGUUAUUAUUAUCUCCAUAUGUUAUUCACUAUUGUAUAAAAAUGUUGAUAAUAUGUGAAACCAAAGAAAGGUCUCUUGAGUAUCUCUGCAAUCUUUUAAAAGUUGCUGGCAAAGAGUUAAAUGAAAAAAUAAGUUUGGAAGAUAUAUUUGAACAUUUAAUAUAUUUGGUAUCUGAUGAAAUGAGAUCUAAAAUAUCACCUAGGAUACGAUUCAUGGUUAAAGAUGUAAUUGAAACUAUAAUGCCGUCAUGAGUUUUUUUUAACCAAACUGAUUCUAUUAUACAAUAUUAGAUUAUAUUUUAUGUACAACAUAAACUUUUAAAAAGUAAAAAUUAUAUGAAAUAAAAGAUUUUGUUUUAGAUUUAUUAUAAAAUUA